GAAUGCUUCUGCUUCAGUGUGGAGCUGUCAAUAUGAAGAUUGCGGCAUCGAAAAGCCAACAAAACGAGUGUCAGUUGGUGCAGGCAGGCAGGAAGGCUGGCAAGUAGACGACACAAGGCAAAAAGCAAAGCAAAUCCGUUUUAGACAUUUCAAUCAGUUUUUCAGUUGCAAGUGAGUGUCCGAGAGGAAAGGUUCCUUCUGUGCGCUGGUGGAGAGCUGACUAUCGGAGUCUUUCGUAGUUUCUGUCCAUAUUUCCAUUUUAAUAUAAAAUACACGUCGUUUGGUCGCCGUGUUGUCUGUGAUACGCGCGCAAAACACGAAAGUGUCAGUAGAGUGUCAAGAAAAAGACACAAAAUCUGAUUCACAAACGGGCAAAGUUUAAAGAAAAAAAUUUAGACCAUCAACAAAUGUUAGAUACCUUCCACCAUCACCGCAAACCACAAAUUAAUCAGCCAACAACAACACCAUCUAACGUAUCGUAUAUGUUCAAUGAAAUAGAACAAAACUCGCAAACAGCAUUGCGUAUGUACAAUCAACAUUACACCACUAACUAACAGAGACUCAACGAGAGAGGAAGAAGAAUGUCGAGGAACGAAACAGCAACGGCCGAAAUAGGCCGAAGUGAUCAGGUAUAUGGGCCACCAAUGCACAAACGUAACAUAUGUUGGAACCCAUACGGAAGGGGCGACAUUCAUGAUAUCUAUUGGAAUCCACCCGCCACAACUACAACUCGUCAUCACCUACCAAAUUGUCCUUGCGAACUAGCAUACGAACAGUCCUACGAAAAGGACCUAAUUUAUUCCAAAAAACGAAUUCGAAAUAUUCGUAUAAUCUUGGGAGUGAUUGGCGCUAUUGUCCUAAUCGGUCUCAUUACCGUAGCUGUAAUCUUAUUAGUAAAUAGCAGCGAAUCAAAUGAUCUACCCUCAGCACAAACCGGCAAUGGUAUUAAGCUAGAUGAUAUUUUAACGGGGAAAUUACAAGCGAGAAGAUUCAAUGGAUCAUGGACAUCGGGAGCAAAUAUUAUGUAUAAGGAACUUAAUCACGUUUAUGAAUAUAAUGUUGCCAACGGUAAACAAACACAAUUAUGGCAUGAUGAUAAACAACAAUAUUCAGUUUUUGAAAAAUCCGCCGAUGGAAAAUAUCUACUUUUGGGGAAAAAUCAUCUCAAGAUCUUUCGACAUAGUUUUCAAGCCGAAUAUGAUAUUGUUGAUCUUGAAACUGGUGCCGUACAACCACUCAAGAUCAAAGGCAACCAAGAACGUCUCUAUCUAGUCCAAUGGUCACCCGUUGGCAAUGCCCUCAUUAUCAAUUUCGAAAGAAAUCUUUACUACAAACCAACAGCAUUCGAUAGUGAUGAAAUUCAAUUAACCACAAGUACAAGUCCAACCAUUUUGAAUGGCAUUCCAGAUUGGGUCUAUGAAGAAGAAGUCUUUGGAACAAAUUCCGCCGUUUGGUUUAAUCCAAAUGGUACAAAAAUUGCAUUUAUACAAUUUGAUGAUUCACCGACGAAAAUCAUCAAUUUCCCUUAUUAUGGUGAAGCUGGAGAUUUACGAUACCAAUACCCAUGGAAUCAACCUGUUGCCUAUCCCAAAGCUGGUUCACCAAAUCCCUUUGUUAAACUUUUCACCGCUGAUUUACAAUUGGCUAUGAAAUCCAAUGAUUUCUUGACGGGUGUACCCGUUCCAAGUGCUCUUAACACUCAGAGUCACAUUAUAACCGUCGUAACAUGGUUAAACGAUCAAAAUGUCCUCUCGGUAUGGAUGAAUCGUAUUCAGAAUGCCGCUUAUAUACAAGUCUUCGAAGGACUUCGCAGGACCGAACCUUUUAGUAUAGAAUCAAAGACCGGUUGGGUUGAUUUGUUUACGGAACCUUUAAAGAAUAGAGAUGGCAGUGAAAUUGCAUUGUUACUGCCACAUCGACAAGAUUCGGAUGGUAAUUUCAGACAUAUAAGUCUUUUAUCGACAAAAAAUUCCAAUGGUGCUGUAUUGCCAAUUACUAGCGGAAAGUAUGUGGUAACAGCGAUACUUCAUUGGGAUGCAGAACGAAAUAUUAUCUUCUAUACGGCCAAUACCGAAAAUGCCUCAAAUUCUUUGCAUGUUUAUGCAAUUAAAGCAGCAAAAGACCAAAAGCCACAAUGCCUUACAUGUAAUCUUGUUAUUGAUGGUACCCAACAAAGUUAUUUUGGAGCUGAAUUCAGUGAGUCCAAUUAUGUUGUGAUAAGUUCUCUGGGUCCAGGUGUCCCAGCUCAUGCUGUCUACGAAUGGUCAUACUCUAAUGGAGAGGUUCUUAUCAAUAAAGUCUAUGAUUGGGAAAUAAAUUCAAAUUUGAAGAAUGAAUUGGCAACCAUUGCCAUGCCAGAGCAAGAAAUCCACACAAUCAACAUUGCCAAUGGAUUCACAGCUAAAGUUCUCCUUCAAUUGCCUCCAAAUGUUGAUCGUAGUGGCGAUACAAAGUAUCCAAUGCUUGUUGAUGUCUAUGGCGGGCCAGACUCUUACUCUGUUAUUGACAAAUGGGGUAUGGAUUGGGGUACUUAUUUGUCAUCGAAUCAAUCGGUGAUCUAUGCAAAGAUUGAUGGACGAGGAUCGGGCUUGAGAGGUGAUAAACUGCUUCAUUCGAUUUACUUGAAGUUGGGAACUGUCGAAAUCACCGAUCAAAUUGAUGUUACAAGAUCACUGCAUCAAAAGUUGCCUUAUAUUGAUGCUAAUCGAACUGGUAUCUGGGGAUGGAGUUAUGGUGGUUAUGCAGCUGCAAUGGCUUUGGCUAACGAUCAGUCAGGAACAUUUAAAUGUGCAGCUUCAAUAGCUCCCGUAACAGAUUGGGCUUAUUAUGAUUCCAUUUACACGGAACGAUAUAUGGGAGUUCCCGAUGAAAACCCACAAGGUUAUGCCAACUCCCGAUUGAGUACUUUGGCCACGAAAUUCAAAGGAAAGAAAUUCCUGCUGGUCCAUGGAACUCUAGACGAUAAUGUCCAUUACCAACAAGCAAUGAUCUUAGCCAAAAAUUUAGAACGAAGGGAUAUUCUCUUCAAACAAAUCAGCUACCCUGAUGAAGAUCACGGUUUGGCCGGUGUUAGGCCACAUCUUUAUCAUUCUCUGGACAAAUUCUUUGGAGAGUGUUUUAAUCUUAAAAGGCUGAGCAAAUGGGGACGCAAAUAAAACCAAAACUUAGUUCUGUAGUGAAAACAAAAUAAUUAAAAAACAACAAUGUGUUGAGGUUAUAAUACGAAUGAAAAGCUUAAAGGAUCGGUUUUUUUUUUCAAAACUAAUCGAGACCUGUACUUAAAGGGAUUCUCCCCCCAAAUAAAGUCCUCCUUUAAAUCAUCCCAAAAAGAAAAGAAAUCAAAAAAAAAAUAUAACCUACACACAUUUUGCAGUGUAACAUUUUGUAGUUGUGCCUCUAGGAAAUUAAAGAAAACAAAAAAUAAAAAUAAUUUCAAAAUAAGUAAAUUUAAGAAAUAAAUUUAAAAACAAAACAAAAAAUAUUAAUAAAUUUGUUUUAUCAAAAAAAAAAAUCAAAUAGUGCCAGGAUUUUUACCUCCGUUUAAAAUGACCUACCCCGCGCGUCCAUUUUUAAUAAAAAAAAAAAUAAUAAAAA